AUGUUUUAUUGGUUAGUUUUUUUCUUUUUUUUAACACUAAUUUUUGAAAAAUUUAGGCUAGCUGAAUCGGAAAACAAUGUGACAACCGAUCCCUUGAUAUUUUGGUUCAAUGGAGGUCCUGGAUGUUCCAGCCUAACUGGAUUAUUUUUCAAUGGUCCCAUUAAUGUAGAUUCGAUGGGACAAGAAUUAAGCAAAAAUGAAUAUUCUUUAACAAAACUUGGAUCAGUUGUAUAUAUCGAAUCUCCAAGUCCAGUCGGCUUUUCAUAUUCUACUGAUGAUUCCGAUCCAGAUAUUGAUUAUAUGACGGCUGAAGAUAAUUAUAACGCUGUCGAAAUGUUUUUUGAAGUUGGUUUUGUUUCAGAAACUAUUUUUUUAAAAAAUGUGAAAAAUUUUUUCAGGAGUAUCCGAAGUUCAGAAAUCAUGACGUUUUUUUGACAGGAGUUUCUUAUGCUGGAAUCUAUGUUCCGAUGUUGGCUGGACAUAUUAUUGAUCAUCAAAAGGAUUCCAAAAUAAAUUUGAAGGUGAAAAGAUUCUUCAGAAAAUUUUGAAAAAAAAACAUUGUUUUCAGGGAAUUGCUCUUAGUGGCCCGCUCUUAAGCGAAAAGCUGAAUAUAAAAUCACGUUUAGAAUACAGUUAUUCACAUGGGAUUAUUGAUGAAAAUGUUUACCGAAGUUUUCUUGAACAAUGCUGUAAUAAUAAUUUGGAGAAGUGCAAUUUAGUUGGUGAAAAAUGUAAUGGUCUUAGAAGUUAUGCGAAUUUUCUUUAUCACCCUGAGAUGGAUAUUUAUCAAAUAAAUCGAAAAUGUGAACAAUCAUCUGAAAACAGGAGGCCAAAUUCAUGUUCCUUUAAAUCGGGUUUGAAAUGCGAAGAUUAUUUGAAUCGAAAUGAUACGAGAAAAAUAUUAAGAAUUCCUGAAGAAGCUGGAAUAUGGAAAAGGUGUCAACGUUUACACUACUUUAAUCUAGAAAUUGAAAUGGACGAAUAUAUCAAAAAAAUGCUGAAAAAUAAUAUUAAAAUUGUGUUAUAUUUUGGAGAUAUGGAUAUGGUUUGUCCUUUUUCGGCAGGACAAAAAAUUGUGGACAGAUUAGGAAUUGAGGUAAGUUUUUUCUUUCCAAGUUCAAAAGAAUAUGUUUCAUUUUAUUUUUAAAGGAAAUUGGAAAUGGGUUAAUCACAAAAAACGAUCAAGAAAUAAUUGGAAAAUAUACAUCAUAUAAAAAUCUGGAUUUAUUGGUUUUCAAAAACGCUGGGCACUAUGUGGGAGGCAUCUAUCCAGAAAGUCAAUUUGAACUUCAUCGCAAAUUUUUCAAAAAUCAGAAGUUGAAUGUUUUAUGA